ACACUUGUUAUAAAAGCUCCCAUUGUUAACGACGUCUCUACAAUCUGAUUUCUUUGGUGCUUAAACAAUGGCGGAUACUGUUGUAGUCGAUGUUCAUGAUAUUAAGUCGAUCCUUACUUCCACCGAAACAGAUUAUCUUGUUCGCAACAACGGUGAUCAGGUUGCAAUCGACACCUUGAAUGGUAAAAAUCUGGGCUUAUAUUUUUCUGCAUCGUGGUGUGGCCCAUGUCAAAGGUUUACCCCAAACCUAGUCGAAGUAUAUAAAGAACUCGUUCCAAAAGGUGAUUUAGAGAUCAUAUUCAUCUCAGCUGAUGAGGAUCUUGAAUCCUUCAAUGGUUAUUUCUCCAAAAUGCCAUGGCUUGCAGUUCCGUUCUCUGAUUCCAAAACACGAGAAUCUCUAGACAAAUCUUUUAAAGUCAAUGGGAUCCCUCAUCUGGUGUUCCUUGAUGAAAACGGGAAACUUUUGACUGAUCGUGGGGUUGAAAUCAUCGUGGAAUAUGGAGCCGGGGCCUACCCAUUUACACCAGAACGGCUCAAGGAGAUUAAAGAUGAAGAAGAAGAAGCUAGAAAGAAUCAGUCUUUAAGGUCCAUCCUUGAGUCUCCCUCACGUGACUAUGUCAUCUCAGCCAAUGGCAAAAAGGUAAAUAUAACCGAUCUUGAAGGGAAAACAGUCGGUUUGUACUUCAUACUGUCAUCAUUCAAGAAAUCAGCUGAUUUCACUCCCACACUCAUCAAAGUAUACAACGAAUUGAAAUCAAAACAAGAAAACUUUGAGAUUGUGAUGAUCCCCCUUGAUGACAAUGAAGAAUCUUUCAAGAAAGAGCUUGCUAAUAUCCCAUGGUUUUCACUUCCAUUGAAAGACAAAAAAUGCGAAAAAUUAGUUCGAUACUUUGAGCUCUCAACACUUCCCACUUUAGUCAUUAUCAGUCAAGAUGGUCAAACCCUUCACCCGAAUGUCGCUGAUGCCAUUGAAGAGCAUGGUAUUAACGCGUACCCUUUCACACCCGAUAAAUUCUCCGAGCUUGAAAAGAUCGAGAAAGCCAAACGGGAAUCACAAACCCUGGAAUCGGUUUUGGUUUCCGGAGAUCUUGAUUAUGUAAUCGGGAAAGACAGCGCGAAGGUGCGAGUAUCUGAUCUGGUGGGGAAGCAUGUACUGUUGUAUUUCUCAGCACACUGGUGUCCGCCAUGUCGUGCUUUCACUCCAAAACUUGUGGAAACGUAUCAUGAAAUUAAGAACAAGCACGAUAAUUUUGAAGUUAUUUUUAUCUCGAGUGAUAGAGACCAAGAUUCGUUUGAUGAAUACUAUGGUUCUAUGCCAUGGUUGGCGCUUCCGUUUGGGGACAAGAGGAAGCAAUCAUUGAGCCGUCUUUUUAAGGUUAAUGGGAUUCCAUUGUUGGCGGCUUUAGGGCCCACCGGGAAGACGGUCACGACCGAGGCUCGGGGUCUUAUUAUGGCUCAUGGUGCUGAUGCGUUUCCUUUUACUGACGAACGGAUGGCUGAGAUUGAAGCUAAGUUUGCUGACAUGGCAAAAGGGUGGCCGGAUAAAGUGAAGAAUAGGUUGCAUGAAGAGCAUGAGCUUGUUUUGACCAGGUCACGAGGUGGGUAUACGUGUGAUGGGUGUGAUGAAGAAGGGAAAGUUUGGGGGUAUAGUUGUGAAGAAUGUAAUUUCGAUCUUCAUCCUGAAUGUGUUUUUAAGGAAACUAGUAAUGGGAAGGAGGAUGUGGAAGAGAAGGGAAAUCCGGAGGGGUGGGUGUGUGAUGGAGAUGUUUGUUAUAAAGCUUCGUAAAUGAUUUGUGUUGCUAUCUAAUGGUCUAAUUGCUAUACAGAAGUUUGUUAUAAUGGUGUUUGACUUAUUAUUAUUAAAUAAGUUUUUAAUGUUUAGGAAA